CUCUUUCCUAUCCCAGUGUUUUUUCUCAGCUUUUGCUUUUUCUCAGUUUUGCUUCAACGACCAGCACCCAUCGUCGUUUUGUUGUUCUCAUUUUUUUUCUUCUUUUUGCAGAUAGAGCUCUGUGUUCUGCUUCUGUCUGCGUUUUGAGCUUAUACUUCUCGUUUGGAGAAUUUUUUUCUUUUUUUUUAUUUUUGUUUUUGUUGGUUCUCGCGAUGAACGGAAACGAAGGAGCGGCGGAAGAGACGAAGGUGGAGGAGGAGAAGAAGGAGGAAGAGUGCAAGGAGAAAAUGGUGUACAUGUGGGGCUACCUUCCCGGAGCCUCGCCGGAGAAAACUCCGAUACUGUCUCCGGCGUCGGUAAGCCUCUCUGAUCCCUCCAUCGCCGGAGAUUCCUGGAAAGACGUUUGUGGCGGCGGUUGUGGAUUCGCCAUGGCCAUUUCAGAGAAAGGGAAGCUGGUGACGUGGGGCUCCGCGGAUGAUGAGAGCCAGAGUUAUUUGACGUCGGGGAAGCGUGGGGAGACUCCAGGAGCUUUUGAGCUCCCCACUGAUGCUGCAGUGCUGAAGGCUGCUGCUGGUUGGGCUCAUUGCGCCUCGGUCACUGAUGAAGGUGAAGUCUAUGCAUGGGGAUGGAAAGAAUGUGUGCCUUCUGGUAAAGUUAUUACUGAUUUCAUAGCUGCAGGAAGCCUGCAAAAGGAUAUUUCUGGGAAACAAAGCUCAUCAAUAGCUGAUCAAGGAAGCCCACAAAGCUCAAACACAAGUAGUGGGUCAGAUUCUCAUCAUGACAACAAGAAAGUUGGAGAGGAAGCUAUUAAGAGAAGAAAAAUCUCAUUUGCGAGACAGGAAUCCGACAGUCCAGCAUCUGGAGAUGACUUCUUUACCGUUUCCCCUUCUCUUAUUACCCUUGGGCCUGGGGUCAAGAUUACCUCUGUAGCAGCUGGUGGGAGGCAUACACUAGCACUGUCAGAUGUGGGACAGGUUUGGGGUUGGGGCUAUGGAGGUGAAGGACAGCUAGGUUUGGGUUCUCGAGUGAAGAUGGUGUCAUCUCCUCACGUUAUACCUUGUAUGGAGUCCACUUCUGGGAAAGAUAGGUCAUCAACUGCUCAUCAAGGAAGUGGUGCUGGGGCACAAGUAUCAAAGGUUCCUGGAAGUUAUGUGAAGGAAAUUGCUUGUGGAGGUCGGCAUAGCGCUGUUGUGACAGAUGCUGGGGCACUCCUUACUUUUGGCUGGGGCCUGUAUGGUCAGUGUGGACAAGGGAAUAAUGCUGAUCAACUGAGACCAACCCUAGUUCCAUCUUUAUUGAGUACUACUGUGGAAAAAAUUGCGGCGGGACUUUGGCACACAUUGUGUGUUACUGUAGAUGGUCAUAUUUAUGCAUUUGGUGGGAAUCAGUUUGGACAAUUGGGUACUGGUAGUGAUCAGCCUGAGACCUUGCCUAAACAGUUGGAAGCUUCCCGUUUUGAGAAUAAGCAUUCUAGUAUGGUUUCUUGUGGGGCUCGUCAUAGUGCUUUACUAACAGAGGAUGGUCACCUAUUUACUUGGGGAUGGAACAAAUAUGGCCAGCUUGGUUUGGGAGAUUCUACUGACCGAAAUGUCCCUUGUCAAGUUCUUAUUGCCGGUUGCCGACCUAGAAAUGUUGCCUGUGGUUGGUGGCAUACACUGCUGGUGGCUGAUAAGAACCUGGUUUGACUCGAUAUGCCCAUUAGCAUUGACAGGGUUGCACAGUUUUGAUAGGUUACUGACUAAUCGACAUUUCUCUAGUGGAAUGUAGAUAUGUCCAGAAUCAACCAGCAUGUUUCUUGGUUUGUUUCCUCUUCUCUAUUUCUGUCUACCUGAUUUUCCCGUCUUGAUUUCCAUUUCUAGAUUUGUAGGUGUAGCUUGGCACUAACUUGGAAGUGCUUGAAGUGUUCUUAGUUUUCAUACACAAGACAAUAAAAGAGUGUUAAACGAUUGAUUGUAAUUUAUAGCGCCCAUGGCGCCCUUUAUUUGUGAAGGAAGUUUCCAUUUUAGGGCA